ACGUUCACAGGAUGGAAGGGAAUUUCAUUUCACGCACUGUGCUCCGGAUAUGAAAGGCACGCAGGCGUGAGACGGAAGUGAAGCAGUUGGAGGGAAACGGCGGUCAGUUUGGGAUUUGAAUCUGUUAGUACUACUUCGAAAAUCUGCAAACAUCUACAAUAAUAUGGCAGACCCAAAGGACAAGGAAGAACACGACAUUCCUGCAGACAGUGCAGAAGAGCCCAACCACGACCCCCAGUUUGAGCCCAUAGUAUCUCUUCCUGAGCAGGAUGUUAAGACACUAGAGGAGGACGAGGAGGAGCUCUUCAAAAUGCGGGCCAAACUUUUUCGUUUUGCCACUGAAAACAAGCCUCAAGAGUGGAAGGAAAGAGGAACCGGUGACGUCAAGCUGCUGAAACACAAGGAGAAGGGAACGAUCCGCCUGCUGAUGAGGAGAGACAAGACCCUGAAGAUCUGUGCUAACCAUCACAUUGUGCCCACUAUGGAGCUGAAGUCCAACGCGGGCAGUGACAGGGCGUGGGUGUGGAACACAUUAGCGGACUACGCUGACGAAAGUCCCAAACCCGAACUACUGGCAAUAAGAUUUUUAAACGCAGAAAAUGCCCAGAAGUUCAAGGCAAAGUUUGACGAGUGCAAAGAGGAAGUCCGUAAACAAAAGGGAGACACGGCCACAAAUGCCAGAGAUGAGCGACAGGGUGACACCAGUCAGGGUGAUGAGGAUGAUGAUGAUGAGGAGGAGGAGGAAGAAGAAGAAGCAGCAGUGAGCGGAGAGGCAUCGGUGCUAGGUUCAGCUGCAGGGGUCAGAGAAAACACAGACAAGGUGGCAGAGAAACUGGAGGAGCUCUCGGUAAAGGUUAAGACCUCAGAAGAGAAGAAGAAGGAGGAGAAGAAAGGAGAAGAAGGCAAAGAAGUGACGGCCGAGGAGAAGAAUUGAGAACCGAAGCGCUGGCUUUGCUGAUCUUCACUUUCUCCCAGUUCCUCCUUUUUUCUACAAUAGACUGUAAAUGAACUGAA